CUUCUUCGUUAUUUUUGCAUGACUUGCGAUUUCCAGCUGCUGUCAGGACGGAAAACCUUGAGGAGAACUUGCCCACCGUCGCACCCUCCCUCUCCUCCAUCCAGCGCGCUCUCACAACGGUUACCAUGGCAACCCGUCGGCAGGCGCACACAUCCAGAUCGGGAUUAGAGGAGAUGGAGUCUGAGGAGGAGCCAGAUGAGGACGAGGAUGACGAGAACUCCGAGGAGUCGGUGGAGGAAGACAGCGAGGAGGACCUGACAGAAGUACCUAAAGCAUCUUCUACGCCGCCUCCGUACAGUCUCAUCCCUCCGCCUCCAGUCUGGGUUCAACGCAACCAGGGACUGAUGCGAAGCUGGGUAGAGCUGAUCAGAGAGAAGGCGGGCUACGUGUCUGGUAUGUUGGCCCCCGUGGGCAUCGGGAUCACGGGGGCUCUGCUAAUUGUCGGCGCCCUCUACAGCAUCAGGAUGAUCCACCGCAAAAGGAGGAACAGCUUCAAACACCAGAGGAGGAAGGUCAGACAGCCCGAGCAGCCUCGAGAGCCCGGCACCGGCCGCCAGGAUCAGGCCAUGCUGCUGGCCGACAGCUCUGAGGAUGAGUUCUGAUGAGAGCCCUCCCCCACCACCCCCACCGGGCUCGUUUUAUUGGUGACCAACGGCCGGCGCUCCCAUAAUGGAUCCUCGGCCAAAACACUCUCAUCGCAACCAGCGCUUCUCCAAUCACCCCGGGCUGUCUGAGUAUGACUCAUCCGAUCCACUGAAAUACGACGGACUGAGAAUCAGGCACAAUUUGCACAGGCAGCCUCCACUUCCCACUCUUCAGAAACGUACCAUGUGAGCACUUUCAAAA